AUGCCUAUUGAUGAGUUAAUCAAUAGCAGUCCAAACGAUAUAUUACCUCUAUCAAUAUUUUCGAAUAGCCAAGAAAAAUCAAUACGUAAUUUAACGACAAGUGGAAAUGCCUUAUUUAUUUGGUAUCAAUUAUUGAUUGAUGUACUAAUACGGAUACCAUCCUCAACUGAAAGUGCGAAAGCUGAUUUAAUAGACCUCAGUCGAAAAAGCUAUGACGAAAACGAAAGUGAACAAGAAAAAAUCACUGAAUUUAAUACAUGUUACGAAUCGCAAAAUGCUAUUUUCUGGUACACACGGAAUUGUUUUCUUUUUCGUCUAAUGAAUCAAGCAUUUCGAACAGAAGAUAUUGAUAAUAUAUUUAAAUUUCGCUUUUUUAUUGUCGACCUCUAUCAACAACUACUCACUUUAUACACCGCACAACGUUUUCCAUCAACUUUAAUUCUUUAUCGUGGUCAAAGUCUAGGUUUAACCGAAUUAGAACAUUUGAAAGAAAAUAUUGGUCAGUUAAUAUCUAUGAAUACGUUUUUAUCGACAACCACUUGUAAAGAAGUGGCUUCAAUAUUCGCUGGUGAUGGUACAAAUCGGCCAGCAUGCCAACGUUCUGUUCUAUUUGUAAUGACUAUUGAUACAACUCUCUGUCAUAAAUCCAAACCGUUUGCUGAUGUUAGCAGACAUAGUUAUAUGAAGGAUGAAAACGAAAUCCUUCUAUCGAUGGGUACAAUAUUUCGAAUUGUCUCUGUUGAUAUUGAAAAUAACGUAUGGAUUGUAAAACUCACAUUUACGGAACAAGAAGAUAAACGCUUAAUUGAACUUAUUGAUUAUCAAAAAAUGACACUGAGAGAAAAAGAAACGGUAGUGGUUUUAGGAAGAAUUUUACAAGAUAUGGGAGAAAUGGAAAAAGCAAAACGCUAUUAUAAUCUUAUACUACAAAGUUCUUUAGAGGAUAGUGUUGAAGUUUCAUCUAUUUAUAAUAACCUUGGUGUAAUGGCCAAAGAUGAAUACAAGUACGAAGAAGCAUUGAAUGCUUAUGAAAAAUCAAUGAAUAUAAAUAAAAGAAUUUUAUCCGAAAUUCAUCCGCAUACCGCCAUGUCAUAUAAUAAUAUUGCUGGUGUUUAUGCUCAAAUGGGUGCAACUCGAAAAGCGGUAGAUUACUAUGAAACAGGACUUCAGAUUCACUUUCAGCUAUUUCAGAUUGAUAAUCAUCCAAAAACGCUUGAAUGCAUUACUGACAUAAUUAGUAAUCUUGGCGUAUUGUUCAUCAAAAUCGGCAAUUAUGAACGCGCUCUUUGUUAUUUGAAUAAAGCGCUUGAAUUCAAACAGAAGUGUUUACCAAUCGUUCAUCCCAGCUAUGUGAUGUUAUUUUAUAAUAUUGGUCAUUGUUUUGAACAGAUUGGUAAUGAUGAACAAGCUUCGAUUUUCUAUGAGAAAUCACUCGAAAUAUGCAAUCAAUCAUUACCAGCAAAUCAUUCGCAAACAGCAACAGUUCUUUCAAAACUUGGUGGUUUAUAUUAUAAUAAGUCGAAUUGGUCAAGAGCAAUAAAAUAUCUGGAAAAAUCAUUGGAAAUAAAUAAAAAUAUAUUACCCAAGGGUCAUCCGGAUCUGCUUAUAGACUUCGGUAAUUUAGCAUCAAGCUAUACUCAUCUAGGAAAAAACUACUUAGCCAUCGAUAUGUUUGAAAAUGCAUUAAGUUUUACAACUAUAUUGGAGUCAAAAAGUUUUCAGGUUGCUCAUACGUAUAAUAAUUGUGGUGCAGUAUAUUUUAAUCAAGGAAACUACGAAAAAGCUUUAGAAAAAUUCACAAAGGCUUACGAAAUGGCAUUACAAUUACCUUCCUUUGAACAAUCGUAUUUAUCAAUGUAUCAACAAAAUUUAAAAGAAACAAAACGAAAACUUCAGAAAGUCACAAUCAAACCAAGUUCUUCAGAAUGA